AUGCCGGCAAAUACCGGUCGACAGAUGCUACCUCUACAGUCCAUGUUGAAUCCUGCCUCGUCUGCACAGCCUGUUACGAGUUAUCGACAGUUCGAGCCUCUGAUGGCGGCCCCGUCGACAUCAUUACCCACAGAAGCAUUGCGAACCACGAGAAAUGCAUCAUCUGCAGCGCCAAAGGCCAAGGCUCAUGGAAACCCUGUCGGGAUGCCCAAGUCGAAGCCGCAAGGACCAGUCAACUUUGCCCCCUUCGAGGAUCUCGAUCAAGCAUCGUAUCGAGAGCUCCGGCAGUUUCAAGUUAAACCCCUUGGACAGAUACGGCAGAAUUGCGAGCACAUUCCAUACAACAGCUCAAAGAAGGACUUUUUCGAGAAGACGGGACGGGAAAGCAUCGAAGCUUUCAAGUAUGAGUUUCGCUACAAAGACUUGAAUUAUACUGUCAUGUGGGACUACAAUGUCGGUCUCGUUCGCAUGACUCCUUUCUUCAAGUGCUUGGGGUAUGCAAAGACCAAACCUUCGCAGAUGCUGGAUAAAAACCCAGGCCUCAGAGACAUAUCGCCCAGCAUCACGGGGGGUGCAGUGUCAGCCCAAGGAUACUGGAUGCCAUACACCUGUGCAAGAGCCGUGUGCGCAACGUUCUGCGCUGGAAUCGCGGGUGCUUUAAUACCACUCUUUGGUCCAACGUUCCCGUCGCAGUGCACUCCUUCGGACUCGCCUUACUACAAUGAGAUGGUGAUCGAUCCACAGAUCAUCAGGCAAGCGAUGGAAGACGUCGAGCGAUGCCGCUAUGGGCAGAGGAGUCGAGUGCCAAAAGCUGUCGAGGGAAUGAAUGGUCCUGUGAUGCUUGGAGACUACCCUUUGCGCAGCAAACGAGAGUCUCAAACAUCAUCCGCCUUCAGACUGCCGUCCCGCCCCCAGCCGGCGCGGCCUCAACCUUUGUUCGCAGCAGUUCACGACUCUGGAUUUCGCCAGCGCCCAAUGGCAGUUCUGGCUCCAAGUACGGCGUGCAAAACGCGGGAAGCCAAGUCCCUCUCCCGAGCGGGCCGAAGCUCCUUUGCCAGCCGAACUGUCCUCGACCGCAAUCCUUUCCAGUGGCAGAGCUCGUUCUUCGAUGUAUCAUUGCGCACGGAGACAAGCGGAACCGAGAAGAAUAGAGCAGAGAAGUGGCGGCCGAAGCGGCGUAGACGACUCAAUGAUGAAGAUGGAACAGCAUGUUCGCCUGUUCCGCUUAUUGAGGCAUACGAGGCGAGGCGGCCGCAGCAGGAGCUGGAGCGCUUCAGGGCAGCCGCCGCGUUGGUGAGUCUGCAUAGCGAGCCCCGAGAUUCAGAGCCUUCCUCUGCGGUAGUCGUGGAGUCAUCAGAGGAGGACGUUCCUGAGCGGCGCCACCAAAAGAAACGACCCAAGGCACAUUCCUUCUGA